AUGGCUCUCUCUCUCUCUUUCUCUAUCUCUAUCUCUAUCUCUAUUUCUCGCUUCUAUCUAUCGUUUGCGCGCCUUAUCGAUCCGGUACCGCGUCUCGGCAACCUGGGUGUGGCCCGACCUCUUGUGUCUUCUGCCCUUUUAUGCCCGGUCUUAGGCAGCAGGCAAAGUCUGUCUGACGUCGGGCUGAAAACACACCCGCCCGUUCAGCCGUUCAGCCGUCCACCCGGUCGACUUUCAACGACCGGUGAAAUGGUGGUGGCUGUGAAUGUCUGGAGGGCUAGCGUUGUCAGCACAAGUUUGGUACCGGACCACGGUGACUGUUGCAGGUGA